AGUAGUCCCUGGACCUUAGAACGUUUUGUUUGGCCUCAGUCUCAAUAUCAGUUUUGGUUUCACUUGCUUUACAUCAAUGCAAUACUUGAAUAAGGCAAAUUUAUAACAAAUUUUCGGAACUAUUUUUUUUUAAGCAAUUUUAGUUUUCGUUUUGGAAUUUUGUCGCCCCUAACAUGAGUACCUCAAUGUCGUGUGUGCAACUAGAGAAUUUGAAGCGAGUCACCAAAUUAAUUGAAGAGUACGAGCAACUCAUCUCGAAGCAGACGUCAAUGCCAUCGGGAGUGCCUAACCCGAAGGCCAAGGUGGUGCUGAUGGACCCGAUGCAAGAGACAUUGGCCAUGGGAGAUGGCAGCGAAAUCAAGGAAGUGCAAGAAUCAGAUGUGCCGAAGCUGGAGGAGCUGGCGAAAAAACAGGAGCACCACCAGAAGCACCAGCAGGAGCACCAGAAGGAGCACCAGAAGGAGCAACAGCAGGAGCAACAGCAGGAGCACCAGAAGGAGCUACAACAGAAGCAACUGCAGGACCAACUGCACGACCAACUGCACGACAAACUGCAAGAGCAACAGCAGGAGUACCCGCAGGAGAAUCAGAAGGAGCUCCAGCAGGAGCACCAGAAGGAGCACCAGCUGGAGCACCAGAAGGAGCAACAGCAGGAGCACCAGAAGGAGCAACAGCAGGAGCAACCGCAGGAGCACCAGAAGAAGCAACAGCAGGAGUGCCAGCAGGAGAAUCAGCAGGGGAAUCAGAAGGAGCACCAGCAGGAGCACCAACAAAAGCAAGAACAGGAGCACCAGCAGGAGUACCAGCAGGAAAAUCAGAAGGAGCACCAGCAGGAGCACCAGAAGGAGCAACAGCAGGAGCAACUGCAAGACCAACUGAAGGACCAACUGCAGGAGCAACAGCAGGAGUACCAGCAGGAGAAUCAGAAGGAGCACCAGCAGCAGCACCAACAAAAGCAAGAACAGGAGCACCAGCAGGAGUACCAGCAGGAGCACCAGAAGGAGCAACAGCAGGAGCAAUUGCAAGACCAACUGCAGGACCAACUGCAGGACCAACUGCAGAACCAACUGCAGGAGCAACAGCAGGAGUACCAGCAGGAGAAUCAGAAGGAGCAACAGCAGGAGUACCAGCAGGAGAAUCAGAAGGAGCACCAGCAGCAGCACCACCAGAAGCAAGAGCAGGAAGCACCGAUUUUGGACGCAGAAGACGAUGUGAUGGAACUUGUGGAAGUAAAACUGGAGAGCCAGGUGGAGAAGAAAAAACUCUUUUGCCUGCACACUCUUUGCAUUCGUUUGUGUGAUGUCCUGCUCAGUGCGCUUAGCUUAUUUGUCGUGUACCCGUUUAACGUCAUAUUUCCAUGGAAAUUGUCAAGAAAUCACAACCAUCAGCAAACAGGCCAAACUACUGAAGAAAUGGAAGAUUCCAUGAGGGAAAACAUCGUAUCCGGAGAGCGAUUAAAUGCGAUUGAACGAUCCGAAAACUCAUUCGAAAACAGCGAAGCAGGACCCGAUGAAUCCAAUUAGCAGAGACAUCUACCACUAUGAAGAGCACAGGACUUUAACUAUUGCACAGACCAUAACCGCGGCCCACCCUUAUCCCGAUGCUGCUGAAAUCGAACCUUGAAAUAGAAAUGCAGGGAGUGCAUCUGACCCCAGACCUAGCUGUAACCCCAAAUCAAGAUUGUGAAUGGAACUAAAAACGGCAGCGUAUCCUUCUGUUUUCCAAAUUUUUGUAAAUUUUUAACAUGUUUUAAAAAAAAAUUAAAAUAU